AUGCUCCCCUCUGCCACCGCCCUGGCGCUGUGCCUGGCGCUGCUCCUGCCCUGCCCGACCCACGGUGAGGAGCUGGAGAAGCCCCGGGCCGUGCGCUUUGCUGCGGAGGUGGCGUGGCACCUGCUGAGCUGGGAGCCGGGGCACGGCUGCCCCAGCAAUGCCAGCUACGACGUGGAGUACAAAGUCUAUGGCUCAGUUGUCCCCUGGACAGCCAUCCCGGAGUGUGGGAAGAGCUCGGAGCACUCCUGUGACCUCACCUACUACACCCUGGACCAGGAGCAGCGCUACUUCGCACGGGUCAGGGCCGUGUCCGGGAACCUCACGUCCCCCUGGAAGAGGAGCAGCGCCUUCUCCCCACGGGAAGCUGGCCUGCGCCUGGCGAGCCAGAGCCUCUCCGUGGUGGGCAACUCCAUCCAGGUGCGGCUGCAGCUGCUCCUGCACCGCGGGAACAUCACCGUGGAGUACACAGACUUCCAGAAGAAAAUGACCCAGUACCACGUGUACGUCAGGAGGACACGGGACAACCACACGUUCACAGUGGUGAAGAGCAGCCCAGAGUUCACCCUGGGGGAGCUGCUGUGGCUCACAGAGUACUGCCUGAGCGUGGAGCCCGGCAUGGCCAACAGGCCCGUCCCCACCACGCGCACCGACGAGCAGUGCGUCACCACCGGCCACAGGGACAGGAGCGCAGAGCUUCUCCCGGGCAUCCUCAGCUCCUUCUUCCUCACCCUGUUUUUGCUGGGCCUCCUGGGGGCUCUGCUGGCGUGUACCUAUGUAAGGAAACCCAUGAGGACACCGUCAGUCCUGAAGUCCUUCAUGAAGCAGAGCUCGCUCUGGGUGGAGCAGGAGCCCCCAUCCUCGGGCAGCCUGGAUGCAGACCCCACGCAGCAACUCUUCCUGUGCCAGAAGGAGCCCCGGCUGGACAGCAGCCCCGACAGCAGCACCAGCACAGCCCAGCUGCCCCUGGAGCAGGGCUGGAAGCUCCCAGCAUGGCCCAAGGACCAGAUGGGGCCCACGGGGAGCAGAGACAGCAGCGGCACCAGCACCGACAGCGGCAUCUGCCUGCACAUCCCCUCCUCCUCCUCCUCC